UGCAGUGUUAACAGUGGUAUUAAUUUUUUUUUUGGGCAGUAAUUUAAACUUCAAUAAUGCAGGGUCGAGACAAGUUGUGUGCGAAGUUGACCAGCGCAUUCCUCAGGAAGUGGUGGUUCGUCCUGGCCUCGGCGGUUGUAAUGCUGCUGCUAGGUAUCGUGUGCGCCAUUUUCUUCGGCUCGUGGGUUAGGAUGGUCAUUGAUUAUAAACUGGUGCUCCGUCAAGGGUCAAUGACUUUCGAGUGGUGGGCCCGACCACCAGUACGCCCUUUCGUGAGGGUCUACGUGUACAACGUAACCAACGCCGACGAGUUCCUCAACAACGGCUCCAAGCCUAUAUUGGACGAGCUUGGACCAUAUGUUUAUUCAGAAGAAUGGGAGAAAGUGAACAUAACGGACAACGAGAACGGCACCCUGUCCUUCCAGUACAAGCGCAUGUAUACGUUCCAACCGCACUUGAGCGCGGGCCCUGACGACGACGCCGUUGUUGUGCCAAAUAUUCCUAUGCUGAGUGCAACAUCCCAAUCGAAAAACGCUGCGCGGUUCCUCCGUCUGGCGAUGGCAUCUAUAAUGGACAUCCUCAAAAUUAAACCUUUCGUAGAAGUAUCAGUAGGACAACUCCUCUGGGGCUAUGAUGAUCCGCUUCUAAAGCUAGCAAGGGACGUCGUGCCGAAGGACCAGACGCUACCGUAUAAUGAAUUUGGAUUGUUUUAUGGGAAAAACGCCACCUCCCCAGACGUAGUAACGAUGUUCACGGGAGUCAGGGACAUGGCCGAGUACGGGAUCAUCGAAAGGUACAACAUGCGGGACAAACUUCCCCACUGGACGACCGAUCAGUGCAACAGUAUCGCGGGAUCAGACGGGUCUAUAUUCCCGCCUCAUAUCACUCGAAAUGAUACGCUGUCCGUUUACGAUAAGGAUCUUUGUCGGUUGCUGCCUUUGAAGUACCUCACCGACGUGGAGUCUUCUGCGGGCGUGGAAGGCUACAGAUUCACGCCGCCAGAGAACGUAUUCGCCAAUGACGAACACAACCGCUGCUUCUGCCCAGCAGGACCCCCUUGCGCGCCCAAUGGCUUGUUUAACGUGUCGCUUUGUCAAUAUGACUCCCCAAUAAUGCUGUCGUUCCCUCAUUUCUACCUGGCGGACGAGAGCCUCCGGGAGGCCGUGGAAGGCAUUUCUCCACCAGAUCCGGAGAAACACAGGCUUUUCAUUGACGUCCAACCAGAGAUGGGCAUCGCGAUGCGCGCGCGCGCCCGUAUUCAGAUCAAUUUGGCCGUGUCGCAGGUGGUCGACAUUAAACAGGUCGCCAACUUCCCUGAUAUCAUCUUCCCCAUACUUUGGUUCGAGGAGGGCAUUGACGAGUUGCCCAGCGAAGUGACGUCGCUGCUGCGACUGGCAACGCGCGUGCCGCCCAUCGCACGCGCAGCCCUCGGCUGGGGCCUCUCUGCGCUCGGGGCGUUGCUCAUUCUGCUCGCUGUUACUUGUCUCAUCAGAUCAUCACACCGUCAAAGCACACUUCGCCUUGAAGGCCACGUGAUAGCCAAACCGCCACCACCAAAAACACCCAGCAAAGAAAAUGGUUACGAACUCAACAGGAGAUAACUGUCUUAAAACUUCCUCUAGUUUUACGUGUACCGUCCAAAUAUCAAACACUGCCUUGAGAUUGCAUGAUUUGAGAAACUUUACUCGUGGACACUGCCUACAAGAAUGACCAUUGAACUUUGUGCUCUAUAUAUUUCAUAUAGUUCAUGAUCUUUGUUUUUAAACUUUGCCCCAGGCACUGCAGUGCUAUAAUAAAUUAUGUAUUAUUAUUAUUUAUUUAAUAUGACAAUUUGUAACUGGUCACCAUUUGUCAUUAUAGUUUUUUUUUGUUAACACAUGGUCCACAAGACCCCAUAGUAAUUACUUAACGAAAUAAAAAAUCGAGCUAAGAUUUUUAAAUAAGCUUUCAAAUUUAGGUGCUAAAUAUAAACGUCGACAAUUGCGAUCUCAAGGCAGUUAAAAAUUACAUUUAUUUACAUAGAAACUUUUUUCUAUGUACAACUAUAUUGUACAUGGAAAUUUGCAAAAGAUUUGACUGUAAAGAUUUUUCAUAUAGCAAUUUUUGAAGUAGUUUAUUUUUACCCGACUAAUGGUUUCAGCAAUUCACGCUUUUUCAAAUAUCCUUAUUACAGUUCUGUGGACCAUGGUAUUUGUAGAAAAUUGAAUUUGUCUAUUGCUAUAUUAUACCCAAUCUUUAUAGUCAUAUCUUGAAAUUGCAUAGGGAAAAUGACUUACAGAAAUACGAAACUUGUAGUCGAAGUUAAUAAUCAUAUUCUAUAUUUUUUGUCACACUUUUUAUUAUACAGUAAAAAAAUUCUUAUAAUGCGUGUACUUGACUUGGUGCACUACCGUGCAUCUUUUGUUAUGUUUUUUAAAUUAUCUAGAUAAUAUUUAACACGGAAUUGCUAUUACUAAAAUAUGUACUGAAACUCAGCCAUCUUAUCAAUAUCAUUAUAAAAUUACGUGUUAAUAUGAUUUAGAUAUUUAAAAAAUAUAUAAAAGAAACAUGGUGGUUUUUUAUUGAAAUUUAUUGUUGGAAAAAUGCUAUUUUCGUUGGAAUUUGGAAUUUGUUCAUAUUUUUAUAUUCAAAUGUAAAUCAUAUACCACCUUAAAAUGUUAUAUAAUGUUAAUACAUAUAUUUUUUUAUUUAUAAGACUUACUUAAACAUCAAUAUUUUGUGAUAACAUUUAUCAUUCAACUUUAUUAUAAUUCAAAGGUUAUUUUUUCAAAUUUGAACAAAUUAUUUAAUAAAAUUAAAUUAAUAAUAGAGAAAUUACUACAACUUUGUCUAAGGGGUGUU